AUGGUGAGUCAGGAACACGAGUUUGAGACUGAUUCGUUAGAUUGCCCCCAUUUCCCCACAAGUCUGAGUGAAAGUGAUUAUGUCAAUGUUUUGAAACCUGAGUUCUCCAGACUCAGCCAUGUUUUCACUUCUGUGCAGAUGCUGCCGCUGUGGACGUUCGCUGUGCUCCUGGGAGCAGUAGCUGGACGAGAAGUCUGCUAUGAUAGACUCGGCUGCUUCACUGACGAUUCUCCAUAUGGAGGGACUUUGGAAAGACCUCUCAAAGUGUUACCCUGGUCUCCGAACCUUGUCAACACCCGCUUCCUCCUGUACACUAACGAGAACCCCAACAGUUACCAAGUGAUUACCGCAGAUGCAUCAAAAAUCAGGAGCUCCAAUUUCAAAACAAACAGAAAAACCCACUUAGUCGUUCAUGGAUUCACAGACAAGGGGGAAGACAACUGGCUGUCGGAUAUCUGCAAGAACAUACUCCAAGUGGAAAAUGCAAACUGCAUCUGUGUGGACUGGAAAGGCGGCUCUCGAACUGGGUACACUCAGGCUACACAGAACGUGCAAAUCGUCGGUGCGGAGAUCGCGUAUUUGGUUAAGGCCCUCCAGUCCGACUUUGGCUAUUCUCCAUCCAGCGUUCACAUCAUCGGCCACAGUCUGGGCUCCCAUGUUGCUGGCGAAGCUGGAAAGAGGUUGAAUGGGGCCAUUGGACGAAUCACAGGACUGGACCCAGCUGAACCCUACUUUCAGAAUACACCCGAAGUUGUCCGACUGGACCCUAGUGAUGCCCAGUUUGUGGAUGCCAUUCACACAGAUGCUGCCCCCAUGAUUCCCAACAUGGGAUUAGGAAUGAGCCAAACAGUGGGUCACUUAGAUUUCUUCCCAAAUGGAGGAAAGGAGAUGCCCGGCUGCCAGAAGAAUGUGCUCUCUCAGAUUGUUGACAUGGAUGGAAUCUGGGAAGGGAGUCGUGACUUUGUGGCCUGUAAUCAUUUGAGAAGUUACAAGUAUUAUACAGACAGCAUUGUCAACCCCACUGGCUUCGCUGGGUUCUCUUGCGCCUCGUACAAUGAUUUCACAUCGGACAAGUGCUUCCCCUGCCCGAGUGGAGGAUGCCCACAGAUGGGCCACUACGCUGACAGAUACUCUGGGAGAACAAGCGGAGUCGGCCGGACGUUCUACCUGAACACUGGCGAUGCCAGUAAUUUUGCUCGCUGGAGGUACCAGGUGACUGUCACCCUGUCUGGACAGAGAGUCACAGGACACAUACUGGUCUCCCUGUUUGGAAAUGGCGGGAACUCAAAGCAGUAUGAGAUUUUCAAGGGCUCUCUCCAAUCUGGAAAGACUCUUACCAGUGAGAUCGACUCUACCGUGGACGUCGGGGAUGUGCAGAAGGUUAAAUUUAUUUGGUACAACAAUGUGAUCAACCCAACUCUACCCAAAGUGGGGGCAUCGAGGAUCACGGUGGAAAGAAAUGAUGGCAGAGUAUUCAACUUCUGCAGUUCCAAAACCGUGAGGGAGGACGUCCUGCUCACCCUGGAGGCAUGUUAAGAGCUUGCUGACGGGAUCACUGCAUCUGGCUGCUGAUAAAAUCCAGCAGCGAAGCAAUCCAUAUGUCUCUUGUGUCUUUCGCUGUCAGUUCCCCUAAGCACAGGGACACCCUUUUAAUGUGCUAGUUACAGUCCCACAUCUUCAGCUGGUGUGAAUGGUUACAUUCUGAUGCAUACCGUGUGGCAGUCACACUUGGGAACAUUACAUACCUCUACAAAAUCCUCAGACGGAAGUGGGUAUCCUGUCUCUACAAGUCCUCAGACUGAAUGCCUUGAUCUCCUAACUCCUCCCUCCUUAUAUUCAUCUCUCUGCCCAGCCAUAUCCCUUCCUGUCUCUACCUACCUAGUGCUGGGAUUAAAGGCGUGUGACUCCUAAGGUCUGGGAUUAAAGGUGUG